UGCUUUUGUCCUCAUCGUGGCGAUUGGCCCUAUUGGUUUCUGAAAUUGUUAUAAGCUAGGCCUUUGUCAAGCUUGGCUUGUCAAGAGUUGAGUGAGCUCCAGGUGGUUCAGCUAAAUUUUCUGCUCAACCACUAGCUAGUUGAAUGGUCAUUAACAACACAAGUGGUUACCAUAUAAUGAUGCCUGGUUAAUCAGCUCCUAAUUCAAAUCUGUGUAUUCUUAAUACGAGUAUAGAGCUAUGGUGUUGGUUCAGCUGAUUAGGCCAUGAUUCUGAAUGGAGGCAUGGUGACAUUAGGCAGCAUGGCGAUGAAACCUGGGCCUUGCAGGACAACAAAUAAUCCCAAUAUAUCUUACUUUUCCCAUCAUCGGACGAUUUCUGCAUCUCCAAAAAUAAAGAUGUUGCAUGGUGCUUCCCAAGAUUUUGAUCAAUUGCACUGAAGAGAUUGGGCCAUCAUGCAUCUAUCAAAUGUGUUGCCCUCCCUCCAAAGUGAUCAUGGCAGCCUUUCACAUAUGAUGCCAAUUUUCCCUAAGCUCUGCACUGCAAGGCCCAGAAACCACAUCGUUCCUAGAGCUUCGAACGAUGUCCCUUUGAGCUAUCGUUAUCCUCCAAUGACGAAGAAGCCCAAGUGGUGGUGGAGAACUUUAGCCUGCAUACCUUACCUUAUGCCCCUCCAUGAGACAUGGAUGUAUGCUGGGACAACAUACCAUCUCCAUCUGGAGGACUUUAAGUUCCUUACUUACCCCUUCCUUGGAUUCAUUGGGCGCUUCCCGAGCUGGUUCCUUAUGGCCUACUUCUUUGCUGCUUACCUAGGGGUUGUGAGGAGGAAAGAAUGGCCACACUUUUUCCGUUUUCAUGUUGUAAUGGGGAUGCUGCUUGAGAUAGUCCUCCAGGUCAUAGGGACCGUGAGCUGUUGGAUGCCGCUUGCUGUAUACUGGGGCAAGAUUGGGAUGCAUUUCUGUACUGCAGUUGCAUUUGGCUACUUGUUCACAGUGCUGGAGAGCAUGAGGUGUGCAGUAGAAGUCAUGUAUGCUGACAUUCCUUUUGUCUGUGAUGCUGCAUACAUUCAGAUUCCGUAUGACUAAGAAUGGUAGUGCUUCAGAUCUUGGUUUGUCAUUUGAGGUACAACUUCUUUGAGAAAGUUUCUCCUUGGUGGGAACUGGAACUUCUUUACUUUAUGUACUCAGAACAUAAAGGUUGUAGGAUACCUGGUGAAUUUUAUUGGCCAAUGUCCAUGUUUUGAUA